AUGCAAACACAAGUAUGUGAGGGGUUGUGUGUAAAUUAUUUUUCUCUUGCUGAACCACAAAGACAUAGAAUCAAAGAGCUUCUCUUGAACAUACUGGCUUUUCUUUCUUUUUUUCUUCUGUCUCUUCUAUUUCUUGUGGAUAUUAUGGCUAAUAACUCAACAAGUUUAGGGAGUCCAUGGCCUGAAAACUUUUGGGAGGAUGUUAUAACGUCCUUCACAGUGUCCAUUGCAAUUGUGCUCGUAAUUGGAGGAUUUAUUUGGGCUCUGUGCGUCUGUUUGUCUCGAAGAAGAGCCAGUGCUCCCAUCUCGCAGUGGAGUUCAAGCCGGCGGCCAAGGUCUUCCUAUAACCAUGGCCUCAACAGGACUGGGUUUUAUCGCCACAGUGGCUGUGAACGGCGGAGCAACCUCAGCCUGGCCAGUCUCACUUUCCAGCGACAAGCUUCGCUAGAGCAGGCAAAUUCCUUUCCAAGAAAAUCAAGCUUCAGGGCUUCAACGUUCCACCCUUUUCUGCAAAGUCCGCCACUUCCGGUGGAAACUGACAGUCAGCUGGUGACGCUCCCUUCCUCCAGUCGGACGGUUCAGACCGUCAGCCCUUCGCACAGUCUGAGCCGGCCGGAUUUCCACUGGUCCAACAACAGUCUUCGAGUGGGCUUUUCCACACCGCCCCCACCUGCCUAUGACUCAAUUAUAAAAGCAUUCCCAGAUUCAUGAGGAGGGUGCUUUUGUUUUUGUUUCUUCCUUUUUCUUGGCUUUUCCUGAAAGAAGAUUAGGAACCAGCUAAAUGGAAUUUUGACUGCAUGGCCCAAACAGCUAAUGAGUUCCCGAACUGAAUCCUGCCCCGUGUGCCAUAAUUCAAUGCAGAAAAUGUAAAACACAUUUUCUUUGAAUACACGUUUUCCUUUUGUCUCACAAAAUAGUAAUAUUUUCCAAAAAGUUAUAUAUUUAUGUUUUUUGUACUCAACCUGAAGGUUUUUAGGACAAUGAUUCUUAUCUAAGACUCAGUUGUGAUCCAGUAUAUAAAUAUUUUAGACUAAAAUUAAAACUUUAGAUAUUUGUGGUUUACAAUCCUCAUUCACUGUCCAAUGUGACUAUAAAGGGAAAAAAAUCAUUAGGUCACUUUAAAGAAAAAAUCUAUCCUAGAGAAUUUUAAUUUUACUUUCUUCAGUGACGUGAAUCAUUUUACAGUCUUGGAGUUUUAAUGGAUUAUAUGAGCACAAAAAUGACAGAACAGAGAUUUUCAAGUUCCUUGAUGCCACUCAUCUGUGACAAGUGUGGGGACCAAGCAAAGGAAGAGAAACUCUGGGGGCAUUAUAGGACACUUCAAUUUUGACACUUAUUCCCCCCACCCCCCACCCCAGCCUCUUUUCGUGCCUUCCCCAAAAACAGUUAUCUACAUCAUUGAGGCAAAAUCCUUGGGUUUACUAAGAUCAUUUAACUUUUCUUCACUGUUGAAGUUAUGUUGUUACAAAAGCAAUACCAGCAAAACCAAUUCUUUGACCUAAAAACAAACUUGAGUAACACCGAGCUUACAUUUUUCCUUAGGGAUAAAUUUUAUUUCUUAGAUAUAAAUAUAGUCAUUGGGGGAAGCAUUUUAUCUAGGGACUAUCUCUUGUGACUUCACAGACCAAUAAGGGUCGGUAAGGAGGAAGUCUAUCAUGAAAUUCAUGUUACAACCAUGAAGAAUGUUCCUUCCUGGAUCGACUCAUCAAAAAUCAUCCCUUGUUUGCUUUUCUACUGAUUUCAACCUCAGAUUCUAUGAAGAGUCUUUCUACAAUGAUUAAACCAUGUCAUAUGGUCUUUGGUGCAGACACUUAUUCAAGGAGUCCAUUUCCACAGAGGGCCACCCUCUUAAAGCAAGGUACAUUCCCAAAUAUGGGUACCAGAGAGCUUUAGUGGCCAGAUGCCUACAGAUGUCUUUUUUCAUGUAAGGACACAACAAGUUCACUGGAGUAUUAUUCAAAGGACUAUAGUUCAUUUUUGAUAUAGUGAUUAUUUAGCUUAUGUUGCUGUUUGUUUGUUUCUCUGAACAUUGAGAUUUUCAGUGAAGAAAAAUGUACUAUCAUUUUAGCUUCUGCAGCGCAGUGCUCAUAGCUAAUGGUGUCUGAAUAUGGUUCAAGAAGGUAAUAAUUUUUACAUAGUAAGAGAUUCUGCAUAGCAUUCUCCUUAUUAUUUUUAUUUAGCAAAUAUUUUCCAUUGUUCCUCAAGGACAAUUAUUCUUCAGGAUGUCUAUCGAUAGAUGCUCUCUAAUGUAAUAUACUUACAAGAAAGAAAGAAAGAAAGAAAGAAAGAAAGAAAGAAAGAAAGAAAGAAAGAGAGAAAGGAAGAAAGAAA